GGUGACAGGCCAGGGGUUGGGGGAAGAGUUAGGCAGCCCGAGUCGCAGUCUCACUCCCCGAUUUCUCGGCGGCAGGACCGAGACCGCCUCCGCAGGAGGCUGGCCCGUCUGCAAGGCACCUCCGCUGUCCUACUGCGGCCGCUCCUCUCCCAACCCGGCAGACCGGUCGUCACCCUCGCUAGUUGGCAGCUUCACCCCCGAGUGUGUCACAAGCCCUGCGGUGGGCACCGAAUACCCCUGGGAGUACCAAGUGGGAUGCCGUUCGGACAGUCGCGCUAAGUGACACCACACUGGGCACAGAGCGCUCUAGCUCCUGGCCACCGUCUGAGAGGCGGCGGCGGAGGGGAUGAGCACCGGACGCGCAAAGCGCCUACCGCGAGCUAUCCCCGGGAGGUGGACGCCGAACAGGGCUCCUCGCAGGACCGUGCGGAUCUUUACCUCCCCUGGCACGAGGUGGAGAAACCUCCCCGCUGCGCCUCCGGUCAGGAUGCUCUGGGCAUCUCCCUGCUGCUGAGAUGUUCAGUUACGCGGUUCUGACGUCCGCAGCCCGGGUCUCAGGUGGGCACAACUGAGUGUGGGCCCGCUUUCGGCCCCUCGCGCAGGUGGAUGAAAAGUGCCGGAGGCCUUGUAUGGGAUCAGCGGUCAGAUUUUAAGAGCCAUGGACGAAGGGGCUGUGCAGUCCCGGGCCCAAGAGCAGCUGGAGGCACCUGCCGGGGUAGGAGCUGUCCAAGAGAAGUGCGAGUCGGAGACCUUCAGGUCUAAGAGUUUGCCGGUCCUGCACAGCGCCUCCUGCCGGCCGAAUCUCAGUGCUGGGAAUGCAGAUGGCGAACUGGCCGCGGGCUCCCCUGAAUCUUCGGGUCACCAGGAGAUGCGUGGAGGAGGGAACCUGAUCGUCCCUAGUCCCUCUGCCCCAUCCACUUCGGCAGGGACUACAGCGGAAGUCGUGGACUGUAACCACAGGACGGACCCCAGCAAAACGAUGUCAGUGUCUUCUACUCUGGCCACACUCCAGGAGAGAAGGUGUCUCUAUGUGGUCCUUACGGAUUCUCGCUGCUUCCUAGUGUGCAUGUGUUUUCUGACCUUCAUCCAGGCGCUGAUGGUCUCCGGGUACCUGAGCAGUGUCAUCACGACCAUUGAAAGGCGCUAUAGCCUGAAGAGUUCCGAGUCCGGGCUGCUGGUCAGCUGCUUUGACAUAGGGAACCUGGUAGUGGUGGUGUUCGUCAGCUACUUUGGCGGCCGUGGGCGAAGGCCCCUAUGGCUGGCGGUGGGUGGACUUCUUAUCGCUGUCGGGGCUGCGCUCUUCGCCUUACCUCACUUCAUCUCACCUCCCUAUCAAAUCCAAGAAUUGAACACGUCGGUCUCCAACGACGGCCUUUGUCAGAAUGGCAACUCCACGGCCAACAUGGAGCCCCUUCCCUGUCCCAAGGACUCGGGCGGAAAUAAUCACUGGGUGUAUGUAGCUUUAUUCGUUUGUGCACAGGUUCUCAUUGGAAUGGGCUCCACACCGAUUUACACCCUGGGACCAACCUAUUUAGAUGACAACGUCAAGAAAGACAACGCAUCCUUGUACCUAGCCAUCAUGUACGUCAUGGGAGCCCUUGGCCCUGCAGUAGGAUAUUUACUAGGUGGCCUACUCAUUGGGUUUUAUGUCGAUCCCAGAAAUCCUGUUCUCCUUGAUCAGAACGACCCUCGUUUCAUCGGAAACUGGUGGAGUGGAUUCCUCCUUUGUGCCAUUGCAAUGUUUCUUGUGAUAUUCCCAAUGUUUACUUUUCCAAAAAAGCUUCCACCUCGACACAAGAAAAAGAAAAAGAAAAAAUUUUCUGCUGAUGUCGCUGGUGACGAUGACGUCAUCAAGGAGAAAUCAAACACGAGUGAACAAGCGAACAAAAAAGUGUCUUCAAUGGGCUUUGGAAAGAAUGUCAGAGACCUACCAAGAGCAGCUGUCAGGAUCUUAAGCAACAUGACAUUCCUUUUUGUGAGUCUGUCGUACACAGCUGAGAGUGCCAUUGUCACCGCUUUCAUUACCUUCAUCCCCAAGUUCAUCGAGUCACAGUUUGGUAUCCCAGCUUCCAAUGCCAGCAUCUACACUGGUGUCAUCAUUGUCCCCAGCGCUGGUGUUGGCAUCGUCCUGGGAGGCUACAUCAUAAAAAAACUGAAGCUUGGUGCACGAGAAUCCGCCAAACUGGCGAUGAUCUGCAGCGGGGUGUCAUUGCUCUGCUUCUCGACCCUGUUCAUUGUUGGCUGUGAAAGCAUCAAUCUGGGCGGCAUAAACAUCCCUUACACCACGGGGCCUUCUCUCACCAUGCCCCAUAGGAAUCUGACAGGAAGCUGCAAUGUUAAUUGUGGUUGUAAAAUACAUGAAUAUGAGCCAGUCUGCGGAUCAGAUGGAAUCACAUACUUCAACCCAUGCCUGGCUGGCUGUGUUAAUAGUGGGAAUCUUAGCACCGGGGUUCGGAAUUACACAGAGUGCGCCUGCGUCCAGAGCCGACAAGUGAUCACCCCGCCCACGGUGGGUCAGCGCAGCCAGCUCCGCGUGGUCAUUGUGAAAACCUAUCUCAAUGAGAACGGCUACGCUGUGUCUGGGAAGUGCAAACGCACCUGCAAUACCCUCAUCCCCUUCUUGGUCUUCCUUUUCAUAGUUACCUUCAUCACAGCCUGUGCCCAGCCAUCAGCCAUUAUAGUAACACUCAGGUCUGUGGAAGAUGAAGAAAGACCCUUUGCUCUGGGGAUGCAGUUUGUUUUGUUGCGAACACUUGCAUACAUUCCUACUCCAAUUUACUUUGGAGCCGUGAUUGACACCACCUGUAUGCUCUGGCAGCAGGAAUGUGGCGUGCAGGGGUCUUGCUGGGAGUACAACGUGACGUCGUUUCGUUUUGUCUACUUCGGUUUGGCGGCUGGCCUCAAAUUCGUUGGCUUUAUUUUUAUUUUCCUGGCCUGGUACUCUAUCAAGUACAAAGAGGAGGAACAGCAGAGACGGAGGUGCAGAGAGUUCCCGCUGAGCACUGUGAGUGAGCUGGUGGGCCAGCCCAACAAAGCUGAGAAAUACGCCCGGACUACAUCAUGCCCAGCCUUCAGCACCCAGGGGGAAUUCCACGAAGAAACUGGUCUGCAGAAGGGAUUCCCAGGCCCCACACAGACCUAUCCUGGGCCUUUCUCAGAAGCAAUAAGUUCCUCUGCAGACCCUGGGCAGGACGAGAGCCCCAGUUCUGCUCUGUAGAAGUCCCCGCUGAAGCCUGGAAAAGGAAGACUUGUUUUGUUGGUUGAAUUGAAUAUGGCGAGCUGAGAAACACCUGUGCCUUCUUACUUUCUUUUCUUAAACCUCUACAGAAACACUCCUCAAACCAACGACACUCAGUAUACACAGCCAUGAGGGCUGAUUGAGGGCUGGAUACCUCAACAAGACUGGAAGCCUUUCCCUUCUUUUUUUCCAGGGAGGAGCUUAGAUACAUCUGUUACCACUUCUGCUGGGUUCAUUUAAUGCUCCUGCUGCUGUUUGGUAGAAGCCUGCCUUCCAUGCAUAGCCAUGGGAAAGGCUAUGACCACGCAUAUCAUUAGCAUACUCUCCAGAGAAAGCUCUGGUGUAAGUGUACUGUACUGCCGGAAGCGAAGACCUCCUGCUGCAUUGCAACCAGAUUUGUGCUUGUUGGAAGAGGUUUAAUUUUAAGCACUUCAUUUUUACUCAGCCUUAAGAAGGGUCAAAGGUGACCAGAAGCUCACCUUAUUGCUGUUGGCUUUGGCGACAUUAAAAAUAAAAUGCCUUGGUGCUAAAGUGUUUGUAGCUGCAUGUUCCUCUCUGAAUUCAGUGUUUCAAUGACAAGGGGCUGCAUGUGCUGUGUGUUUGGAAACCUGGGCAUUUCCCAGAGAACAAGCCCUCUUGGCUCUCGUUUCCACAGUCGAUGAACUCUACACCGUAAACAUGACAAGUGUAAGGGAGAAUCCUUUCCUACAGAGAAGUCAGUGCUUUCGAUAUUUAGUUUAGCAAGAAAAAACAGAUGCUGAAAGUAAUUUCAGAGAGAUAAAAACCUAUUUAGAUAACCUUCUAUCUUCUCCAGGACGCUUCAAGCCCUGUGAGCUGUUCGUUUGUUUGUCUGGUUUUGGUUUUAGCAUUGGAGUCUGAUGCUGUGAUCUUUUACUGGUCGUCUACUACGCAUGUCAAAAGUGAUGAAGCGAAUGUUAUUGACAGCUGAAGUAAUGGUAAGGGUGGAUUGAAGGAAACUGAAGGGUAAGACGUAACAGUGGGCAUUUUUAUUCAGAUAUAUACCUCUACCCCAAACCCAAAUGUUAAUAUAGGAGCAUGAAACCCAAGUCAGCCUUUGACUUUGUAGUAUAAGGAAACGUGAAGCUGUGUCAAAUGCAUUAGGACAUCCGCAGAGUGUAGUGUGUGUGUGUUUGUGUGUGUGUGUGUGUGUGUGUGUGUCUGUCUGUCUGUCUGUCUGUGUUACUUUGUAGAGGCAUGUUGGUGAUGAAAGGCUGCUUUGAGUUAUUAUGUAGCGUUUGAUUGUGUGGUUUUUAGAACAAAUAUUUAUUUGGAGACCUGUUAUGCCAAUGCAAAGGGGUGUAUGACUUACUUCCUUAUGUUUAAUGAAACUGACUGUCAAAAGACUAAUAAACCUGGGUUUACAACACCAUGAAUACUUGAUCACUGAAAAUUAAGGAAAAAAAAAGUUGAAAAAAAAAUAAAGUGUGUUGGAUUGAAAUGAA